UGACUGCCUCUGACCCACCUGCAGGUCCUCCGAGGAUGGCGGACAAGGUGGUCCCACGGCAGGUAGCCCGGCUGGGCCGCACUGUGAGGCUGCAGUGCCCAGUAGAGGGGGACCCGCCACCACUGACCAUGUGGACCAAGGAUGGCCGCACGAUCCACAGUGGCUGGAGCCGCUUCCGUGUGCUGCCCCAGGGACUGAAGGUGAAGGUCGUGGAGCUGGGAGACGCCGGUGUGUACGUGUGCAAGGCCACCAACGGCUUCGGCAGCCUCAGUGUCAACUACACCCUCAUUGUGAUGGACGACGUCAGCCCAGGGAAGGAGAGCCCUGGGCCCGAGGGCGCCUCUGGGGGCCAGGAGGACCCGGCCGGCCAGCAGUGGGCGCGGCCCCGCUUCACGCAGCCCUCCAAGAUGAGGCGUCGGGUGAUUGCUCGGCCUGUGGGCAGCUCUGUGCGGCUCAAGUGUGUGGCUAGUGGGCACCCGCGGCCCGACAUCGCGUGGUUGAAGGACGACCAGGCCCUGCUGCGCCCGGAGGCCGGUGGGCACCGGGAGAGGAAGUGGACGCUGAGCCUGAAGAACCUGCGGCCCGAGGACAGUGGCAAGUACACGUGCCGUGUGUCCAACCGCGCAGGCGCCAUCAACGCCACCUACAAGGUGGACGUGAUCCAGCGGACUCGCUCCAAGCCGGUGCUGACAGGCACACAUCCCGUGAACACGACAGUGGACUUUGGGGGUACCACAUCCUUCCAGUGCAAGGUGCGCAGCGAUGUGAAGCCUGUGAUUCAGUGGCUGAAGCGAGUGGAGUACGGUGCCGAGGGCCGCCACAACUCCACCAUCGACGUGGGUGGCCAGAAGUUCGUGGUGCUGCCCACAGGUGAUGUGUGGUCAAGACCUGACGGCUCCUACCUCAAUAAGCUUCUCAUCACCCGUGCCCGCCAGGACGAUGCAGGCAUGUACAUCUGCCUGGGUGCCAACACGAUGGGCUACAGUUUCCGCAGUGCCUUCCUCACCGUGUUGCCAGACCCAAAGCCACCAGGGCCGCCUGUGGCCUCCUCGACCUCAGCCACCAGCCUGCCAUGGCCCGUGGUCAUCGGCAUCCCGGCCGGCGCCGUGUUCAUCCUGGGCACUGUGCUGCUGUGGCUGUGCCAGGCCAAGAAGAAGCCAUGCAGCCCCGCGCCCGCCCCUCCCCCACCCAGCCAUCGCACACCUGGGACUGCCCGGGAGCGUGGUGUGGACAGAGACCUGCCCGUGCCGGCGGCCUUUGGUGCUGGCCCUGGCAUGGGAGCGUGUGAGGAGCAUGGGGCCUCCGCCGCCCCCCAGCACCUGCUGGGCCCAGGCUCCAUGGCUGGCCCCAAGCUGUACCCCAGACUCUACACAGACAUCCACACGCACACACACACGCACUCACACACACACUCACAUGUGGAGGGCAAAGUCCUCCAGCACCAGCAUAUCCACUAUCAGUGCUAGAUGGCACCUCGGAGUGCUGGGUCUGUGGGGGCAGUGGGGGCUCAGGUGGACAGGCAGGUGGGCUGGGGAGUGGGGGGCACUGAAGGGAGGUGACCCACUGCGAGGGGGUGUGGCUAGCACCUGGGCACCCUGCGGGAGCACAUGCCUUUGAAUACACAUGGACCCCCACACACGCAGAUGAGGCGCUGCCUGAACCGAACACACAUUUGCACGUACACACAGACAUGCUGCCCGGACAUGCACACACAGACAUGGUGCCUGCAUACACUACACACGUGUGCACAG